AUGUUCAACGAAAUCUUUUCCCAGGGAAUAUUCCCAGAUUCAUGGAAAACCUCACUGGUUAUAUUCAUACCUAAACCUGGCAAUAAGGCUCAGGCAGGCUUCAGGCCUUUCAGGAGCUGCGACGAUAAUCUAGCCGUUCUUACAACAGCAAUCAGAACUGGCUUCUUCGAACACUCUGUCACGGUUGCGGCUUUUCUGGACAUUGCAAGUGCGUUCGACAACGUGGAUCCGUUUAUCCUCUUGGAGGAUCUGAAGGACAUAGGAAUUCCAGCUCUCUUUAGGAAAUUUGUGGAGAACCUGAUUAGCAUCAGAAUCAUGUUUUUCGUGGUCGACGGCGAAUCUCAAGGACCUUAUUUAACAUACAAAGGCACUCCACAAGGCUCUACCCUGAGCCCUCUGCUGUUUGACAUUUAUCUCAGGAAUCUGGGUCAACACUUACACCCUGACACCCGUUUUCUGCAAUACGCCGAUGACGUGUACUCUACUCCACACAUAGAGACCCGAGGAUUGCUGCUGAAUCGGUUCAAGCUUCACUCAACAAGUUGCACGAGUAUCUUAAAUACAGAAAUCUGGAAUUAUCUCCCGGUCCCCAGAGUUCAUUUUCAGUGCUUUUUAGGAGUUAUUCUGGAUUCCGGUCUUAAGGGUGGUCAUCAUCUUAAAUACUUUAUUGAAAAAGGUAAAAAAAUUUCUGGCAUUAUUGCUACCUUGUCGGGUGUUACUUGGGGCUCUCAUCCAGGUCUUCUGCUCACCCUGUACAGAGCCACCUUCCGCAGUGCGGUGGAAUACGGGUGCCGCUAUUUCACAUGGUCCUCUUCCUCGCCGAAUUACCUCAAAUUGUUGCGUUUGCAGUAUAGGGUGAUUAGGGGAGCUAUGGGAUAUCGCAUUUCGCCGCCGAUCAAUGUCAUGUUAACUGAAGCAAAAGAAAUCAGCUUUGACAUUAGACUUAAUUUAACUACUUCGAGAUUCAUUUACAAAGCCAUGGCAAGCAGGUUUAGCUUGGUCUACCGUUCCCUGGAGGAAAUGGAGUUAGCGGUUACCAGUAGGAAUUGCAGGAUCGACGCCAUCAGCAAAUCUAGACUCUUCAAGCACUACGUUACCAGUCGCGGAGAGAAGAGCAUCAUUCAUCGAUCCACCUACCCACCUGCUUACUGGCACUCCUAUGAGGUCCUUACUCUACAAAUAAAUUACAUUAGCGAUUUAAAAGGCUGUGAUAAGAAGGAUAACCUCAGCUUGACUAAGGCGGAUUUCUAUCACAAAUCCUUUAAUUACAGACAGGAUGCUGUCUCCUGGUACACUGACGGAUCAAAGAGUCAGGACGGCGCGGUGGGCGCAGCGGUCUUCACGCCUGACAUGGAGGGAACAAUAAAACACAAAUUACCCUCUGAAACUUCAGUAUUCUCGGCGGAACUAUGGGCCAUACUUCAGGCCAUUCAGCUAAUUGGGGAUCUCAACACCAAGAAGAACGUCAUCUUUUCGGACUCGGAAAAUGCAUUGGAGGCACUUAGCAACUCCACUAAGGCUCAUCGCAACUACAUAAUCUAUUACAUUAAACAAGCUUAUCUCAACAUUACCAAACAAGACAAAGAAAUAAUUUUUUUCUGGGUGCCUGCUCACGUCGGGAUCCCAGGCAAUGAAUCUGCAGAUGCUGCGGCCAAACAAGCAGCUAUAGAGGGAUACAAACCUCCCUUCAAGGUCUCUUACAAGGAACUUCUCACGGAAUCUACUGCACAAGCGAACAGGCAGUCCGAAGAAAGUAUGAAGAUUGUUUCAAGCUUUAAAGGCAUCCUGUAUUAUGAAAAUUUCCAUAACGCUUCGCCUAAUAAAGCAUGGUUCCAUGGGUCCAAUUUAUCAAGAGAAGAAAUUGUAAUGAUUAACCGCUUGAGAUCAAAUCAUAUAAAUGUCAAUGUCAAAGUCUCCAUAGAGUCAACAUGGUGGAAUCUCCCGCAUGUCCUUGCGGAGAUCCUCGACAAUCAAUCGAUCACCUCAUAUUCCAUUGCGAAACCUUCAAUUCCAACUCAUCUCCCAUUAGAAAUUACAUAG